AUGACUGAAUACUUUCAGGGAGCAACUUGGUUCUUCUUCGAUCUCGACGACACUCUGCACGAGUUCCGCAAAGCAUCUUCCGCCGCCGUCGAUGCGACGCUGCAUAUCAUCGCAGAACAACACGCGAACCGUGAGACUACGUCCAGUCAACCGCUUAUAGCCGCCGAGUUGAAGAAGGAAUAUACCAAGGUACUUAGAACCAAAACAGCAGCAGCAUUCGUAGACGGGAAAACAAGCCAUGAGUACCGUGCAGAGCGUUUCCAGGGUGUCAUUGAUACCUUUGAUCUUAGAUGUACAGAGCUGCAGAUGCAGGUAUUACUCGACACCUACGAAACAGCACUUACAAAACAUCUGCAGCUUAAAGAAGGCGCGAUACCACUACUGCAGGCUUUGAAGCAAAAAGGGAAAAGCAUAGCCAUUGUCACAGAAGGCCCCCAGGAUUCGCAGGAACGUACUGUCGCUGCUUUGGGCUUAGAGCCAUUUUGUGACAGGCUGAUCACGACGAAUAAGCUUGGUGUGGCGAAGGUAGAUGGGCUGUUCGGCAAGGCGCUGGAGACUCUCGGAAUAAGGAGUGGGGACGCAGUGAUGGUAGGGGACAGCUGGGAAAGGGACAUCAUCCCUGCGGCGGAAGCAGGAAUAGAAUGUGUGUGGCUUGCUGAGAAAGAGCAGAACUGUGGGACAACUUUGGACUUGAAUGGUCAAGAGAAACACGUAGCUGUCACUGUGGUCAAUUCACUGGGUAGAUUGCAGAGUAUCAUGGAGGCUGAGUCAGGUUAG